AGAGUCAGUCCAAAUUAAGUUUUUCUUCAAAAUUAUUUACUGAAAGGUUUAGAAAAUAGUUGAAAUAUCGUUGGAAAUGAAAAAUAUCUUCGUAAUAUUUGGACUACUUGCAGUUUCAAACGCCGUUUUAGAAGAGAACUCAUUACAUAAUGAUGCAUGGAUUGAAUAUAAGUCGGAGUUUGGAAAGCAAUACGAUAAUGAAACUGAAGAGAUUCGCAGAUUUGGCAUUUUUUUGGAAAAUAAAAAGUAUAUCGAGGAACACAAUAAACUCUACGAGAUGGGAAAUGUUUCGUACGACUUAGGUAUGAACGAUUUUGCCGAUCUUACUGAUGAGGAAUAUUGGGCACUGAGCAAUCCAAUUCCAUUAAAUCCUUCCAAAAUUCUACCCGGAGAAGAAGCAAAUCGAAGAUCUCGCCGAGCUGCCCAUGAUAAAAUUCCCGAUUCAUUUGAUUGGAGGACAAAAAAAAAAGUAACUGUGGUUAAAGAUCAAAAAGGUUGUACUGUUUGUUGGGCUUUUGCGACGGCGGGUGUCAUUGAAUCACAUUAUGCCAUUAAAAUGGGCAAAUUGAUAUCGCUUUCUGAACAAAAUCUUGUCGAUUGCGUAGCGGGCGGAACGAAAACCAACAAAUGUCGUCCAAAUAAUUUUUAUUAUCCGCUUCAAUACGUUCAACAGAAUGGCAUCAUGAAAGAAUCAGAUUAUCCAUAUAAACCGAAAGGCGGCGACUGUAAAUUCAAGAAAAACAAAUCAGCUCUAAAAAUCAAGGACUUUCGACAAGUGACAUUAGGACAGGAAAAAGAUAUUAGGAAAUUUAUAGCUACUCGAGGACCAUUGGCAGUUGCCAUAUCAUCUCAACCGAAGUCAUUUAAACUUUACAAAAAUGGUAUUUAUUCAAAUACGGAGUGCAAUAACUAUGAAACGGAUCAUGCUGUUCUCAUCGUUGGAUACGGAAUAUAAUGGAAAGGAACUCAUAAAAAAUACUUUAUAUUUAAAAACUCCAAAGGACAGAAUUGGGGAGAGGGAGGGUACAUGCGGAUAUUGGCCAACGGCAACAAUCUUUGUAAAAUUGGGCUUGAUAACGCAUAUCCUGUAUUUUAAAUAAUGUUUUGUCAAAUUUUAAGUCAACAAAAAAAUUAGUUGCGUUUUGGUCCACAUGAUUGAUAUUGAAAACCUUUAAGUAAACAAAAAUAUAAAAAAUAAAGUAAAAAUUGUAAAAUGAAUA